AUGUCUUAAAGGAUACAUAACUAUAAUUAUUAACCCUGUUAUCAGACUGGUGUUCUUUAAUAGUAAGAAAAUAUUGGACAAGGAUAAGUGGUUGUGAGAAUAUCUCAAGAUAGACUUUAAAUCGAGAUGAAUAUUUAUUAGAAAUUGCAAAUUAAUAAGUGUUUAAAUGUUGUAGAAAUCUUAAAAAUAUUCAAUAACUAAGUCAUAAUAGAGGAAUGCUCAAUGACAUUAGAUUAAUUUAUGAAAAAAAGGCUAGAGAUAUCAUUGGGUUUUUCAAGGCAAGAUAUACAAUUAAUAAUUGCUUAAAUUAUCAAUGGAUAUUAACAUUUAAAAUAAUUAGGAAUUAUUUAUAGAAAUUUAACUCCAUAGACAAUACUUAUUAAAUAAAUAAAAGGAAGGUUUAUUAUAAAAGUAAUCUAUCUAAUAAACAUUAGUUAUCAGAUUUUAGUUUAUCUGGAUUAGUAAAUAAUUAAGAAUUAGCUUAAACAAAGGCCGGCAUUCCAGUAUAUUGGGCUCCUGAAGUUAUGUUUUAACCUGAAAAAGGUUAUAAUGAUAAAUGUGAUAUAUUUUCAGUAAUUUUUAAUUUAAUUCUUUAGUUGGGAAUUAUUUUACAUUAAUUAUGCUUUUAAAAUUAAAUGCCUUAACUAUUGAAGAAUUCGAUGGAGCUAUAAACCUUUUUAAUGAAUUUAAAGUAGCAGUAAUUCAAAUGUCAAAAAGGUGGAGACAUUGAUUAAGAAUAUAUUGAUUUGAUUGAGAAAAUGAUAGUUUUUGAGCCUAGAAAGAGAAUUAGUUGGGAAGAACUUGCUCGUAUCCCAAUUUUUUAAUAACCAUAUAAGCUCUUAGAUAAUCUAUACAUAGUAGAUUUUACUCAUAAAUUGGGUAGUGGGAUGUAAGGAGUGAUAUAUUUAACUAUUGAUUUACGGGAUUAAAAAGAAUUUUGCGCUAAAGUUAUUGAUAAUACCUAGAUUGAAGGAUAAAGAGAAAUUUCAGUUUAUGAAAAGUUAUCAAAGAAUAAUUCAAAAAAUAUUAUUCAAAUAUAUAAUUGCUUUCAUGAUAAACAUUAGACUUAUGUUAUUUUGGAGAAAUGUGAUGAAGAUAUUAAAUAAUAUUUUGAAAAAAAUAAUAAUGUUAACAAUGCAGAAAUUUUAGAUUUUUUAGACUAAAUUACUAAUGGCUACAUGGAGUUAUAGAAACAUGGAAUAAUUCACAGAGAUUUAAAACCAGAAAACAUCUUGAUUAAAUACGAAGAUAAUAAAAAGAAAAUUAAAGUAGUUACUUUUCUAUUAUUUUUUAGAUUAUAGAUUUUGGAGUCAGUAAGAUUAAUACAAAUUAAGAAUUAGCUACUACUUUAGCUGGCACUCCUAUUUAUUCUGCUCCAGAAGUACUUACUCUUACAGGAAAGGGUUAUACAAACUAAUGUGACAUUUAUUCUGUAAAAUAAUUUGCAUUAUGCAGUUAGGGACUAUGCUUUAUUAAUUUGUAUACAAAUAGCCAUACUGUUAGGCAAAUACUUUAGAAAAUUUGAAAAAUUUCUAGUAAUAGUUAAAAAAAAAUCCAUUUAUUUGCCCAUAAAAAUCUGGUAAUACUUAUUUAUAUAUCAGUUUUCAAAUAAUUAAUAGAAAGAAUGCUUAUUUAUGAUCCAAAUUAAAGAAUAUCUUGGACUGAAUUAUAAGAAGAAGUGAAAAAUCUCAUGAGUAAAUUAUCAAUCAAAAUAACUGAGAGAGAAUCAAUCUUACAUGAAAGCAUAUCUUCCUCAAUACUAAGAUAUUUAGAUAGUCUUUAACUAUUUACAUCCAAAUUAGAAUAAGAAUUGAUAAAUUUUUAUGAUCAACAAACUAAAUAUAAAACUGAUGUAGCCAAAUUACUUUAUUUUUUAUUGUUUUUCAGUCAAGCCACAAUUCUAGACUGUCAAGAAAUAAUUACUAAAUAGGCCAUAUACAUAGGUGGCGAAACUUUCAAGCAAGAAAUCAAUAUUUAAUGGAUCAAUUAAGACAGAGUUUUAUAAUAUAUUGAUGAUCUUCAAGAGUAUAUUGAGUAAAUUAAAAUUGAACCUGACUAAUACUUUGUUGAACAAUAAUAAAAAAUGUUUCAAGAGAUAGAAAACAAGCGAAUGACUUGUUAUGAUAUUCAUUAAUACUUCAAUGCAAUUUUUCUAAUGUAAAAGUAUAAAACUUGGAUUUAGAAAGAAGUAUCUAUUAAAUUGAGAUACUUUUUAUUAAAAUUGUCCAAUAUUUUUUAAGAUUAUCCUCUAAGCAAUGUUAAAGCCAUUUUAUAUGCAUAAUUAGCAGAAAAAAUAAAGGAUGAGAAUGUUCAAAAAAAAUAUUUAGAAACAAGAUGGAAAUAUUGAU